CAGUCUCAUCGUAGCACCCACCAAGAGUGGUCGUCACACUGCAUAGUUCUGGGCCGUGGCCGCGGUCGUCGUCAUUGCAAACAACGGUUUCGCGUGAUUUGAUAUCGAUACUUCUGCUGUGACAUUGAACCCAAUAUAGCGUGAUUGUUUGCCCAUCAUCAGCUGGCAGUAAACUAGAGAGCGAUAGCGUGGUGAAAUCGACCAGGUGAGAUCGGGUGAAGUUGAGUGCAGUAUCAAUCCAAUGGCAAUAAUGAUAGCGAUUAGUCGCCUCCUUGCCUUCGGUCGGUUAUUGAUAAUUGUUUGGCGCUGAUUGAUCAAGCGACGACUGUCCCUGUGGUGUGGCCAUCGCCUUUGUGAGCAUUAAGGUAUUGGUGACAGUCCGUGAUGGAAGAUUGGUGAUAACUGUGUGUGAUAGUUUUGUGCGACGACGUUUCUUCCGGCGAUAAGUGGUCGUAGGGAAGAUUGGGAGAUUCUCACGUGUGCCGAACGAUCUGAAUUAGUCGAGUGCGGGUGUCCGUGCAGCGAAGGCGAUAUAGUUCGAGCAGUUUGAGCCAAUUUCGGUUCGAUUCAGCAAAAAGUUUGUUUGAGCAGCUGUCAACUAACAGAGAACGGAUUGCACGAGCCGAUCUCAAACGCUGACGCCAUCACGCUUUCCAACAGGACGUCAUCUCGAAUCGGCCGCCGCCGCUGCCCACCAUGGAAAAGCUGAGGGCGGCUAAAAAAGUCGCCCCGGAUGGUGGCUGGGGCUGGGUCGCCACCUUCGGCGUCAGUUUGGUCAAUCUAUCAACGCGCUCGAUAGAGCCUUCGUUUGGGUUGCUGUUUGGCGAUUUGCUGAAUGAUUUGCAAGUAGGCACGACGGGAGCGGCCAUCAUCAUCAGCGCGCUGGAUGUGAUGAUGAACUUUUCCGGCCUCUUUGUGGGACCCCUGUUGAAGGAGUUCUCCUACCGGAAGGUGGCCAUCGCCGGAUCACUGCUUUGCUGGCUAGGGCUUGCGCUUACCUCACCGGCCACCAGCAUGGCGCACAUUCUGGCCACCUACAGUGUGAUAAACGGCAUCGGCGUCGGGCUGGCAACGUCCGCCGCUUUCGUCGCUCUCAACCAUUACUUUGCGAAAAAGCGAGGCCAGGCCGUCGGUCUAUCGAUGGCCGGCACAGCAAUCGGAAUGCUAAUCAUGCCCCAGCUGGUCCGAUAUCUACUGGAAUCGUACGACUUCCGUGGUGCGGUGUUGAUUCUCAGCGGUCUAGCGCUGCAUGCUGCCGUCGGGGCCACUCUGCUGCAACCCAUCAAGUGGCACCUCAAGGAGGAAGAGGUUGACAUCGAGAUGGUGGAAGCUCCCGCGAUGGGUAUCAUCCUGGAGCAGGAGGACGACGGCGACAACGAUAGUCUGCCGGAGAUCAAGAGUCUGUUGUUUCCCCGGAGGGAUAGGAAACUGUCGGAAAAUUGUCCAUCGCCACAACCGAACGGGCUGCCGAAGCGGCCAACCUUCCCGAGGAUAACGUCCAGCGUCAGCAUACAGAACGGAACGGUUAUAGGGUCGAUGCGGACGAGGCCAUCUUUCCCGCGGAUCACUUCGACGGCCAGCAUGAGCUUAGCACUGAGGAAGCGAAGAGAAUCUGUCGUUUCGCGACUGUCGGCGCUGGAUUUCACCGGCAGUGGCAGCUGUAUGCACAUUCACGUGGAUACUGGCGACGUCGAUGCGGAGGACGUCGACUACGAAAUCAUUCGGCGCGUGAAUACGCACGUUGGCUCGUUCACACGUGCUCCGAAGCGGAUCGAAACCGUUAAAUCGGAACUGGGGCUGGAGAUGGUGAAACCAAAGGUUUCCUUCUUCCAGCGCUUCACGGCCUUGAUGGACGUUGGUCUGCUGCGGGAUGUGAUCUAUUUGAACAUUCUCUUCGGGCUGUCGAUUUUCUACGUGGCGGAGAUGAACUUCAAGAUGGUGACCCCAUUCUUCCUGUCGAGUUUAGGCUUCAGCAAGGCGGAAACGGCCUUCUUCCUGUCGGUUUCGGCCCUGACGGACAUUGCGGCUCGUGUCAUCGUGCCACCGAUCGGGGAUAAGUUAAAAAUUCGGAAGCGGUUGAUUUUUAUGACGGCACUGGUCUUUGUGGCCAUCACCAGAUCGAUUGUCGCCCACCAGCGGACUUACGGCGAGCUGAUGGUGUGGUUGUCGAUCACAGGCUUUUUCCGUGGGGUCGCCCUGGCCAACUUUACCCUGUGCGUGUCGGAGUAUUCGUCCCUGGAGAAGCUUCCGGCUGCCUUCGGGUGGCACAUGGUCGGCAAGGGGGUGUUUGUCAUUGCCUUCGGACCGCUGAUCGGUGCCAUCCGCGAUUGGACCGACAGCUAUCCGAUCUGCAUACACGCGCAGUCGGUUUGCAUCUUCCUGUGUGUGUUCGCGUGGCUGGUCGAGUUCGCCAUCAAGCGGUUUCAAACGAAGAAGGUAGUGGAAGCGAACCCGAGUAUGGCGGCGUGAGAGCUUUAUAUCGUCGGUUGCACUUGUUGCCUAUGGAAAGGAGAGUUAGUUUUUACCCAGAGUAUCGGACGAAUGAGAACGUUGAGUUAUUAUGUGCAGGAACAUAUUUUCCUAAUCUAGUUAAAACAAAUAUUGUCGUGUAAGCAUAAGACUGCGAUAUACAUAUAGACGAGAUCGGUAUUUUAAUUUAUAUGACAGAUAUGUGAACAUCAAAAUAUCGCGAUCCUACGACUAGGUGAGGUACUUAUAAACAAAUUUUCAAAAGUAUGAGCACAGUAUUAGUGAAAGUAAAACUAAUAUUAUAUCUAUUCGAAUCGGCGAGUACUGAAUUGAGCCUUAUAGAGCUUAAACUGAUUAGGAGAAACAAAGGCGGAAAAACAAACGAAGACGGGAGCUGUGUUGUUUUGAUAGAUUUAUGGAUCGUUGUAGACGACAGAGAAAUUUUCAUCUUCAUAUAUGAUAGGAAAGUAGUUUGUUGAUCAAAAGUAGGAAAUAGGAGCAAACUAUUCUAGGCAUUAGUGUGUGCGCAGCGCGCGGGAGAAUCUCGUCGGUUUGCGCAAAUGUGUUAAGAUUAAAGUGAUAAUGACGUGCUAGCGAGAUGCUGAUGCUAGUGAAACUAUAAUGCGACUGUA